AUGCGCCUGCUCAAACAGCAAAUCGAGAGAAAGGAUGGCUCAGGCUUCGCCGUCCUACUCCCGGAGGAGCCAGAAGAUAUGUGGCAUGCCUAUAACCUAAUUCAACCCACCGAUACCCUCCGUGCGCGCGCAAUUCGCCGCGUAUCCAAGACGUCCGACGCGGGCAGUACCGCUUCUCAACGCAUCGCCCUCGACCUCAGCAUAACCGUCACAUCCACAGACUUUGAUAUCGCGUCCGGGCAGCUCCACGUUGCCGGGCGCGUCGUAUCCGAAAACGAGCAUGUGAAGCUCGGGUCGCACCACACGCUCGAUCUGGAGCUGAACCGCAAAUUCACCCUGGAGAAGGGAGAGGGGUGGGACAGCGUGGCAGUUGAAAUGCUGCGCGAAGCAUGCGACACAGAAAAACGGGCCGAACUCUGGGCUGUGGUCAUGGGUGAGGGCAUCGCCAACAUCUGCUUAAUCACAGAGCAUCAAACCAUUCUGCGGCAGCGCGUCGAAGUCGCCGUUCCCCGUAAGCGCAAAGGUGACAUAGGUGGUCAUGAUAAAGGGAUGAAUAGAUUCUACGCGACCGUUCUCUCCACACUGCUGCGACACCUCGACCUGUCGAGUUCCUCUUCCACUCCCUCGUCGUCCGCAGACAAGACGAUCCCCCUCCUGCUCGCAUCCCCAGGCUUCGUUGCCACCGCUUUUCUCGCCCACAUCAAAGCCGAAGCAACGCGCACAACAAACAAACCGCUCAUGACCCUCCUUCCCACCAUCCUCGUCGCACACAGCUCAAGCCCACACGUUCACAGCCUCUCCGAAGUCCUCGCCUCCCCCGCCAUCACCGCGAAACUCUCUGAUACAAAAUAUGCGCGAGAAACAGCGCUUAUGGACCGUUUCCUCAUGCUAAUGCGGCAGGACGACGCGCGCGCUUGGUACGGACCGCGGGAGGUUGAGCGAGCCGUCGCCAAGGGUGCGGUCGGCAGGGGUGGCGGCGUGCUUCUGAUUUCAAACGCUUUGUUCCGCGCGCAAAAUGUAAAGGAGAGAAGGAGAUGGGUGGGUCUUGUAGAGAGGGUCAAAGAGGUGGAAGGAGGAGAGGUGCGAGUGCUGAGUUCAUUGCAUGAGAGUGGCAAGAGGCUUGAGGCAUUGGGAAAUGUGGCUGCUAUCCUAACGUACCCCGUCGAGGAUCUAGAUGAGUCUGAUGAUGAAGGGGAGGAAAUCAGGAAUGCCGGGGGGGUCAAUGGAGCUGAGGAAAUGAUAAUAUGA